CACGACGACGCAUUGAACAAACACUGCGUGUGCCAUGGAGCAUGACGGCGCAUCGUCAACCCUGGAUGAAUACCCCUACGUGGCGCUGGCGGAAACGCGCCGUCGCAUCUAUGCUUCAAUCCCUCGCCGUCGAUCGUUGAUUGAGACGCCAUUUUUCGAAGAGGAUGAAGCUGCAGAACUGAUUCUCAAGGCGAACGCGCCGCCCAACACUGUCGAUGGCACCAUCCACGAGAUGAUGCUCAACAUCCGCGGCUCGAAGUAUCGGCACGACCAGUUUGCCAAAAUUCAAGCUCAGACUGGGAUGAGUCCGUCAACAUUGUGCUUCUCGCCCGAGUACGAGCGCGGAUACCGAAAGUACAUCCAACGAGCUGCAGUCCCUCGAACGCGCGUGUGUUUCGCGCUUGGAUUCAUCGCGACACUCGCUCACUUUUUGUGGGACAACCAGCGCAUCGUCUACACCCCCAUCACGAAAUUCCUUGCGUUCGGUGUGGCUGUCAUGUCGUUCGGAGUCGGUUUCGUCCUCACGUACGUGCCGCAGCUGUCCAUGUACACGGAGACGUUGUCCGUCGUGGCGUUUGCUUGUGUGGCGGGGGUACUAAUUGCCCUCAAGCCAUUGCAUGCCCAGCGCGGUCCUGUGAUUCCAUUACUAAUUUUGAUCAUUCCCCUCUUUGGCGUCACACGCAUGCGAUUUAUGUAUAGCACGAUCCUUGGGUGGAGCAUCUUGUUUGCGUACAUUACAGUGCAGCUCGUGUCGCGAUUGCACCUUGGUCCAGCCUACGACUCGCGCUCCGACGUGUUUUACCAGAGCAUCAACUACGGCAUAGCAGUCGUAUCUGGGAUGGUGUCACAUUACCGCCAAGAGCUCUUGCGGCGGCGCAACUACGCGUUGAAGCUGCCGUUCCAAGGCAUGACUGACCAGGACUGCUCUGUCGCGCUCCAAAAGGACAAAUUCGCCAAGAAGCAUCUCGUCCAUCGAGCGUCGAUGGAGUUUCAAAACCCGGCUGUCGAAGAGUGCUUCAUCCGGCACUGGUACCUCAUCGACCCGUUCCCGUUUGAGAACCCAAACGCCGCCGUGCUCCAUCAAGGAGCGUUCCGCGUGAUUCGGUUCUCCGUCAUGACUGUGCUUCUCAACCAGCUAUUCCUCGCUGUUCAGGAUUACCGCCUCCUCCACAAGUUACCGAACCACCUGGCUGCAAUUGGUUACGGCCUUCGGUUUGGCGUUGUCGACGUUGCGUACCUGAGCACCGCCGCGUUCAUGUACAUUGUCGGCCAGCGGUACUACAAGUUGUGGCUUGCGACCAGAGAAGAGGAUGACAAGGAAGCGUCGUCGGGCGCGGAGUACUCCACGUGUCGAGGAAUUGAGGAGCCCUCCACUUGCUGGUCAUGGUGUCCGCGCUGGGCCACUCGCAAUCCGUACAGUAUCGUGGGCGAAGGAGACACUUCGGAUGAGGAAGAGGACGGCGCGUGCCUUCGAAAGUCACCGCGGCGAUGGCACGUCAUGGCAACGCUCUUCCAUGCGAACUCUCAAACAACCAAGACGAAUCAAGCGCAAACGACUGAUGUCCUUAGUGCCCAGAUAUACGCCGUCAUGGUCGUGGCAGUCCACAUGGCGUGCAUGGCCACGAUGCUGUUCGUUGUUGCGACGUCCCCAGCAUCGCAAGCUCUGUCGGACAUCUACCUCAUGGGAUUUCUCAACGCAACGAUCUUUGCGCACAGAUCGGGUUUCCGCGUGCGGCACAAGUAUGCUGUCGGCAUCACGUCGUUGGUAGGUUUUGUCACCAUUUGCACGGCAGCGUCGGUACGUUCGUUCGGCAGACAAUAGCGAGAACGCCAGUCUGCAACUUGUUUUACCAUGGAUACCUGAAGAAUGGGGUGGUGGCUAUAGCUGCUGAGGCCAGCGACGGAUCCGUACUUGUGGCUCCGGUACGCCACGUACAUUGUGGUGGCGCUCGUCCUGGGUGCCAUGAUAUCAAGGGAAGAAGAGGCCUUGCGGAGAACGUUCUUCAUUCUUAAGUCGAUUCGAUCGCUCGAGUUUGAAGAGUGGUUUCACCGAGUCGCACGAGUCCAAGGUGCCAGCGUAGUUUGGAGUCAACUUUGGGCAUCGUUUAUAGCGACACUGUAGAUUGGAUUCGACUGCGCCUCCGUCAAAAGUGCGUCGCCGUGCGCGAGAAGCAUCCCCCGCUCGCGCCACAAGAUUUCAAGAAGACCGCGAAGCAAAAGAACAAAAAGAUCCUGACCAACACCGGCGCAUACUUGGCCCAGGCGUCCAAGAUGGGCGUGUAUGGCGAGCUCAUCAACGUCUUGUUGGUGGUUAUUGAUGUCUUGAUGAAAAUGUAAUGUCCGUACAGUCCCCA